AUGGUACAAUGGGAGUUCAUUGAAGAAAUGUUAAAGGGUUAUGGCUUUCCUCCAAAGUUUAUUCAGAUGAUCAUGGCAUGUCUAACAACAAAGUUCUCAGUGAAGGUUAAUGGGGAGGGAUAUGGCUAUUUUGAGGGGAAGAGGGGUCUAAGACAAGGAUUAUCCCCACUGCUCUUUGUUAUGGUGAUAGAAUAUCUAUCUAGGAUCCUAAAGAGGAUGAGCCAACUGCCAGAUUUUAAAUACCACCCAAUGUGCAAGGAACAACAACUCACUCACCUGACAUUUGCAGAUGAUUUAAUGUUGUUUUGCAAAGGGAAUGAGGCAGUUGUAAGGAGAAUAACGGAAGCACUUAGACACUUCUCAGAGACUACAGGUCUGAAGGCAAAUACAGACAAGUCAAGCAUAUAUAUUGCAGGAGUAGAUGAUGAGCUAAAACAGAAAUUGUUGGACAUCACAUGCUACUCGAGUGGCACAUUUCCUAUGAGAUACCUUGGUCUCACAUUAUCCCCAAAGAGGUGGAGUAAAAUGGACUAUCACUAG